AUGACGGUCUCCGGUCCUCCACAGCCGAAUCCGUCCAAGGACGCACAGGCGGCCCGCAAGCGUCGGAGACGGGCACCGGCCGGAGGGGCUGCCGACGACUGCUUUACCUGCGUCAAGAGGAGCACGAAAUGCGAUCGACGGCGGCCGUACUGCUCCCAGUGUCUCGAGAUAGGAAACGAGUGCUCCGGAUACAAGACCCAACUGACCUGGGGCGUUGGCGUGGCGAGUCGGGGCAAGCUUCGUGGUCUCUCGUUACCUAUUGCAAAAUCGCCUCCUGUUGCGCCUGUGGGCAAGAAGGCUGCGACGCGGCACCGGGCAAGCUCCUCGACGAAUUCGAACCAGUGGAGUGACACGGAAGAGGGGUCUCACAAGAGUCGGCGUAGUGAUGUCGAUAUCAGCGCUGGACAAGCUGGCUCCGUCCCAACGACUUCCUAUGGAACGUAUCCGGAAUACCCAAGAUUCUCCCAGGGCGAGACCAUACCGUCGGCGGCACAUACCGCAUGGGGCAGCCUCCCAACGUACGCCGGAAACAUGAACCACCACGAACAGCCGAAAUUCCACAAGCUCAACACCUCGUUGGGCCACUACCCCAUCCUGAACGAACCGUUAUCAGGCUCCGUCGACUCACUGAGCGAUGUCGAAUAUACUCUAUCGCCCAUGGCGCAUUCGUUCCAAAGGGAGGAAUUGCCUUUCAUGAACAGCCCCACGCUCAUGUAUGAGAGCUAUACCGGCCAGAGCUCCCCUGUUCCACAGAGCCCAGUUUCUGCCAUCAUGAUCGACCAACGGGCACCAACAUCCUGCCCAAGCCUGGUCUACGCGCCUUCGGAGCACAGCUCAAGCCUGAGCUCGCACCAUGACUCUUUCGAACCGCAGAUGGGCCACAGGCUGCUCGCAGAUAGCGAUACGCUGAGUGUUUCAGACCUGGAUGGUUACAGCACCAGCCCGCACUCGACGGGCGGCCAUUUCUGGACUCCAUCUCUUUCGAGGGACGACGACAUGACACCUCAUGUCAUGGAACCCACCUCGGCUCCUCCGGCUGUCUCGUACGAGAGUCACUCGAUACAGGUUAGCCCUGAUCUCAUUGCUAAGAUGCCGUUCUUCAUGGACUAUUACGAGAACAUCAUGUGCCCGUCCAUGGUCCUCAUUGACGGGCCGAACAAUCCCUUUCGAGACCACGUCCUGCAGCUGGCAUCGAACAGCCGAAGCCUCCAACAUGCCAUAUGUGCCCUGUCCGCCUGCAAUCUGAGGAUGAAGAGAAGGCUAAGCCGUGGUCAACACACCAGGAACUCUCCGAUGGCAGAAAGUGGUGGCUCUGAUCAUGUCUCGGAUGCGCAGUCGGAUCAGCAUCCCUUGUCGGAAGAGCACCAGCACCGCAACUUGGCGGUUCACCUCCUGAACCAGCAACUAAACGACCCCACGAAAUCGUGCCACGACUCCGUCCUGGCCACCAUCCUUCUCCUGUGUCAUUACCGAAUGGUUGAGUCUGGGGUGGCCAAGUUUGCCACGCAAUUCGCAGGUGUCAAGAAAAUACUGGAUAUGCGAAGCUCAGCCCCCUAUCAGGCCUCGAGCGACUCUGCGUGGAUGGAGGCUAUUUUUACCUACUUCGACUCGAUAUCGGCCAGUAUCAACGACCGAGAGGCCCAGCUCACCCACUCUUUCUACGGCCUUCCCGCGGAGGCGAAUCUGCUACCCCCGGGCGCCGAAAACUGGGUCGGCUGCGACAGGGAGCUUUUUAAGACUAUCAACAAACUUGGACGUCUGAACCUCUUAUCUCAGCACCGCCCGGUCCAGAGCGUUAUGACGACGCCUACGGGCCGUGUUGGGAUUCCACAUAUCACUUCUCCUUUGAGCUCUUCACCGGGGCGCGUAUUGAAGCAAGAUACCUCAACGCCGGAUUUCUUCAGCGUGGGCCCACAUCGGUUCGACGGCAAUGGCUUCUCGUCGCAACUUGACGACGAAGAAAUGCUGUCCUCUGGCAUGUGCUCGUCACCCAACUACGACGACCAUCGCUCGAGCUUCUGGCGCGAGUGGAAAGAUGCACGCAUGGCUCUACAGAACUGGGAGUUCGAUGCGCAACGGGUUCUAGCCUCGCUCCCCAACUCGCCCACGCAGAGCCAGAUCCGGGACCUCAACUCCCUGUCGGAGGCUUUCCGCUACGCCGCUCUCCUCUACAUCGAGCGUCUGGCGUCCCCCAACGUGCCCUCGAACCACAACACCUUCCGCAACCUCGUCAGCCAGGUGGUCUACUACGCGACGUCGCUGGAGUCCGGCAGCAGCGCCGAGAAGUUCCUGCUGUGGCCCCUCUUCGUGGCCGGGAGCGAGUGCGUCAACGAGCUGCAGCAGAACAUCGUGCGCAACAAAUGCCGCGACAUCAUGGGACGCAGUGGCUACAUGAACAACCUGGCGGCGAUCGACGUGCUGGAGCGCCUCUGGGCCAGCGAUUACCAGCACGCACCGGCGACCCGCGGCAGCAAGCUUGGCAUGAGGAGAGGUCCGUUCAACUGGACGAAGUGCAUUGGGGGGCCCAAUGUCAACGUCGAAUGGAUCAUGUUCUAG